CAUUCUACCAAAGGGAGUGUCCCUCUCACCCGAUACUCAACUAAUGCUACAAAGAGACGGAGUCUUUGAGGAAUCUAUAUUUGAUGACCUUGGUCUUCCUUUUGUAAAGUCACUCUUCACUCCACGUGAUUUCCUCCUCUUGUUGCAGUAUCUCUUUGUUGUUUCACCAAUCAAAGGCUCUGAUUCUACCGUUCAACGGUUCUUUAUGCCUAUAGUGUUACCUCCUGAAAGAAUGAGUGAAGAACAGAAGAAGGCCUUCACUGCAAAAUGUGACCCACUGGUCAUUACAUUCAACAGUAAACUAGUACUACAGGGUCUGUUUCCUACAUUGAUUGUCUCUUUAUUGAGUCGGAAGGAAAAGCCUUAUUUCUUUAUUGAUAGUCGUUCAAAAAAUUUUCCCCAGCAGCUCCGAUAUGCUGUUAGUCUCUACUCGGAGGAUCUGUUUGGAUCAAUAUUCCUGUGUGAUAAUCUCAAAUCAAUUGAGAUUAUUUUCACCGGUCUUACUAGAGACUGUUAUACUCUUCGUCAGGUGAUUCUAGAGUGUCUAUCAGCCAGUGCUGAGCUCCUGUCUUAUGACAUGAAGGCACUGAAGAUAUCUGCUCUUCCUCGUUGUACUCGUAAACAUACAAUACUUGCUAAUGAUAGUGACCCUCAUCCCAUUACCAUCUCUUACAAGGAGACUCCUCCAGUAAUAGGCUGCAGUGUUGAAACUUUACCAGUUGAACUACUGAACAAUGAGAAGCAAAGUCGUUGGUUACUAGAUUCAUGUACCUCAUCGGCUCCUCUCACUAAUGCAUGUACAAACAUGCCACUUGAAGAAACUGCAGCAAUUUCAUCUACUACAUCAGCAACAGUUUCCACUAUGAUACCUUUAGCUCCUGUACAAAAUACAGUUGUUGCUGAUACAUCAGUUGCUGAUACAUUACCAGUAGAAACUGCAGUACUAAAUAUGAGUCAUGCUCCUCUACUAAUAAAAGCUAUUAGGACAAUAGUGUUUGAAUGGGAGAUUCUGGGGACACAGUUGGAUAUAGAGCCAUGCAUGUUGCAACAAAUAAAAUAUAAUUGUCGUGAUCAAGUACAAGUCUGUCGUAAGGAAAUGAUAUAUCAUUGGAUAGAGACUGGUACUGCUACACUACAAAAAUUAAUAGAAGGACUGGGAGUUGUAGGAAGAAAUGAUGUUGUUGCCGAUAUAAAUAAAUUGAAAUAAUUUUUUUGAUUUCUUAUUUGCAAAUUACAACUGUUAUUUUGUUUUGUGUUUCUGAAAUAAUUAUUGAUUGCUAUGAACUAAUGUGUGUACUGCUAA